AUGGAGGACCCUCUAGUUCAAGCGUUGCCGCCAGCUACUGACUACUUAACAUAUCUAACUCUAUUAGAGUAUCAGUUAACUCCGCAACGCCUACCGCUUCUGCACACUCUAUUGCAAGAUGAAAAGCUUACCACAAACAUCGGCUGGGACCUGGUCAAGCUGCUCCUGCCUAUGCUACCAGCAUCCACGGACUGUUUACAGGAUGUCGCACGCUUGGGGAAUCCACGAGAGGUAAUCUUGCGAGUCUCUGAAUCUUUGAUGCAGCUUCAUCCAGAGGAUGGAGACGAGGAAGAAGGCGAUAGCGAAGCGCUGCCGCUGCACAUCCUUAAGUUCAAUUGUCUUCUCAAUAUGCUGUCAGUACUACACACACGGAUCCGAACAAAAGUCCCUAGUCGAUUUAUGGCGACUUCUCUGCAAGCAGCGCUCGAAGCGUACACCUCUAUGCCAACCAACGAGACCACCUUGGCUUUCCUCGAGUUCCUCCGCGAAGUCUCGCCCUCCAAGCGACCUGCACCGCCCCCACGGGUAGCCAGUGAGUCAAGCGUGUUGCGAGUGACCGCAGCCUCUGCUCCAGACCCCGAAGCGGAGGUAUCUUCGCCAUCUCCUUCUGCCGAUAAUGAGACCCUCCUUGUCCGAAAAUUCAUCCAAUUCAGCCUGCUUGAAUUGCUGAAAUCAUACCUUUUGAGCUUCUCCGGACCCCUGGACCCGGGUAUGUCGUGGACAAUUCGUAUGCAGGAACACCUGCAUCCUGAUCUACGGCUACCGGCGGCGCAGUCCCAAACUGAGGCAUAUAGAUCAGCCAAGGAACUGAAAGAGCGUGAUAUGAUCAUGGGAAAGCUUGUGGCUCUGUCGCGAGAUGUUGGACUUGACAACAAACAACUUCUUUCGAUCAUCUCCAAUUCGCCAACCGAUCAAGUGGCUCAGCUCGAUUUUGAUGAACCACCAACGAAUCCCGACCAGAUUCCACUAGAGCGUCAUGGGUCUCUUCUUCUCCUAGCUGGGCGAAUCGCAGGAGCAACCCUUUUUGCUUCUGGUCAACCGCUCCCUCAAGUGCCUGUCUUCCCUGAGCUGGCUCAGAUCUUCAGCCACUUUGUUGGCGGGUCUACAAGCCUAGACCAAAUAGCUUUCGGUCAACCACAUGCACUUCUUGACUCCCUUCUAGCCUUGACUGCCUACGCUCUACAACAACCGAUUAGCUCCUCGUCGAGCGAGGCUGAGUUCAAAGACUUUGUACUCACCUUGACAGCAUGCACAGCACGACAAAGCCACAGUAUUGUUCGCCAGAUUCCUGCAGCUGUGGUCCAGAGUCAUCCAUCACCUGAAACCCGGUUCAAGCUUAUCCAUAAGAUCUUGGAGGAUGAGGGUCUUGCCUCGCUCCGCGAUAGCGCCAUCGCAUGGCUGAGAGAUGAAUUGCUGCGCAGUCCUGAUGAAUCCACUGGCACAGUAUUCCAAGACCCGCUACAUUUCUGGGCCUUGUUCCCAGCUCUCUUCAAGCCAGUGGCUGCGGCCAAUUCGACUGAUCUCAUCACCAGCUGGACCCGUCUCACCCAGACCCAAGGCCCACCACUUCACUCCGCGUUGAACCUUUACUAUCUUUUACUUUCGUCACCUUCCCUGUGUAGUAAGCUUCAGCUCGAGAAGACUGUCAAGUUUUUCCGUGCUGAAGUGUUGAAGCCUCUUCGGCAGGUGUUCCACCGGUUCGAAGCUGAUCUGACUGCAGAAGGUGGCGAAGGUCUCAUUGAGGCUGCGGUUGGUGAGGAAAUGUGUCUAGUUGGAAAUGCUAGGUCUGUUGGUCUCAUUGGUCUCACUCUGAGUCAAAUCGAGGAGACGGUUUGUGACGUGUUUGGUCCCGAUGAAGCGAACCUCGGGAGUUAUUCUGAUAUUGAGGAGGCUCAGGUGGCUGAAAUCCGCAACUUCAUGAAUAUCUGGAAUUAG